UGAGAGCACUCAUUUGUUAACCAAACACAUAGAAAAGAAAGGAACGAAACAAAACGAAAUUGUGUGACCAUGGCUCUCGUCACCCGAAUCGGACUCACGUGGCGCCUCCCUCAGCGGCUAGUUUCCGCGUCUCUCCACAGCAAUUCCACUGGCACCACCGCUCCCACUAGUUACUGUGCGUUGCCGCAGCCAACAGCGAAUUCUUCCCCCGUGGGCCUCUCGAAGCCGGCGGAAUUCGUGAUCUCGAAGGUGGACUCCCUCUUGAACUGGGCCCGCACAGGGUCCAUCUGGCCCAUGACGUUUGGGCUGGCCUGUUGCGCUGUGGAGAUGAUGCACACGGGCGGGGCCCGUUAUGAUCUAGACCGCUUUGGAAUCAUUUUUAGGCCUAGCCCGCGUCAAUCCGAUUGCAUGAUCGUUGCUGGCACACUCACCAACAAGAUGGCCCCUGCUCUUCGCAAGGUUUAUGAUCAAAUGCCUGAGCCAAGGUGGGUGAUCUCAAUGGGAAGCUGUGCUAAUGGAGGUGGAUAUUACCACUAUUCAUACGCUGUUGUUAGAGGAUGUGACAGAAUAGUUCCUGUUGACAUAUACGUUCCAGGUUGUCCUCCAACUGCAGAGGCUUUGCUAUAUGGCCUCCUCCAGCUGCAGAAGAAGAUCAAUAGGCGCAAGGACUUCCUCUGGUGGUGGACCAGGUGAACAAGCCAGCGUGCCAAGUCAAUCAAAUUUGUUCUAUUUCUUGCCUUUGCUGAUAUGCUAAUUAAGCUAUAUAUGUGGGUGUUAAUAAGAAGCAUUCAGAUUUCUUAUUAGUUAAAAGCUUCUGAAUUUCUCAGAUACUACUAAUAUUAUGUUGAUAUUUAUAUAAACCUAUGGGAAUAAAUGAGACACCUCAUCAUGUUUAAUCACA